UCAGCUGCUAUAGAAUCUGUUUUCAGCUAGAGCUGAGAAUAACUGUUACUUUUCACGGACUUGGGCAAAUCUCUCCAGCGUUUACAUUUCAUGAGGUGGGAUUGUGAGGAUGCAGUGCUUUGCUUUGUCAUCUGUGUUUACAGAUCUCCCGGAUGCUUUCCCAGGGCACUGCUGCUUGGGUCAAUAUUUUGAGGAGGGGAUGUGAAAGAAGGGGAGGAGAGCUGAGGAUUUGUAUGUAUCCAUGCAGCUGAAAUUGGUCCCUGAGGGUGGUAGUCGCUCUUCCAAAACCUUCAAACCAAAGAAGAACAUUCCCGAGGGCUCUCACCAGUACGAGCUGCUCAAACAUGCCGAGGCCACGCUGGGGAGCGGCAACCUGCGCAUGGCCGUGAUGCUUCCGGAUGGGGAGGACCUGAAUGAAUGGGUGGCAGUUAACAGUGAGUCCUGGCCUUUUGUUCAUCACCUUCCCGAGGGGGAGGACCUGAAUGAAUGGGUGGCAGUUAACACUGUUGACUUCUUCAACCAGAUCAAUAUGCUCUAUGGAACCAUCACGGACUUCUGCACAGAGGAGAGCUGCCCCGUGAUGUCUGCUGGCCCAAAGUACGAGUACCACUGGGCAGACGGCACAAACAUCAAGAAACCCAUCAAGUGCUCCGCACCCAAGUACAUCGAUUACCUGAUGACCUGGGUCCAGGACCAGCUGGAUGAUGAAACGCUGUUUCCUUCUAAAAUAGGCGUACCGUUCCCAAAGAACUUCAUGUCAGUGGCCAAGACGAUUCUCAAGCGUCUCUUCAGAGUUUACGCUCACAUCUACCACCAGCACUUUGACCCCGUGAUCCAGCUGCAGGAAGAGGCACACCUCAACACUUCUUUCAAGCACUUUAUAUUUUUUGUUCAGGAAUUCAAUCUUAUUGAUAGAAGAGAACUUGCACCACUUCAAGAACUGAUUGAAAAACUCACCUCCAAGGACAGAUAAAAGGAAGAGGACUUCUUCAAGUCACUUGUUUCUUUAAACGAGCGUGUGGUAUUUGUUUUUUGUUAAUUUGUUUUUUUAAAAAAAAACAAGACAACCCCCCUGUGCUGUUACCAGUGACAGCUGAGAUCUACUUUCUGUGCUUUUAUUAGGGGAAAUCUUUUCUCUGUUAGUGACAUGUGGUAAAUAGCUUUUUUUUACUAUUAUUAUUAUUAUUAUUUCAUUGUUGUUAUUCAUUGUGGAAUUUCUAGGAGGUGCUGAGUGUUUAUAAAGGAAACAUGCUUGGUUGGGGGGAUUGACUCUGCUGGUGGAUGGGUUCUAGUGUUGUGUCAAUGGUAGCCCAUUCUCAUGAAGUCCCUGGAAGACUUGCUUACAUUCUCUAAGUGCCUUGGCAGACUCACUUCUGAGGUGCAAAGCACAUACAAUACUGAGCAUUGCUGGAAACAGAAAAUAUGUACUAACACCCAGACACUUACUGAAACUUGUUUUAAAAAUAUGUAUCUAUGCUUACACUAAAAAAAAAAAAGCCAUAACUUGCUGAAAUCGAUGAUCUCCAGCUUUUAAUACAAAUACUUGUCUUAUUUUUUUAGAGAUGAAUAUAGAAUUUUUCAAAACUAGAUUACUUCUUACAAAGAAAAGCGAAGUUCUCGCUAAAGCAAAACGACAAAGGUGGUAAAAAUACCCAGACCUUGUGCUUAGCAAGGAGUUCCAUGUCUGCUGCCAUGGGACUCUGCAUAGUUGCUUUUAUUUUCUUAGCAGGAAAGCAUCAGUUGGGUCAGCCAGCUUGUUAAGUUCCCCUAGCAGUUGCCAAAUGAGCAGGUAGUUUGCACAAAUACCAUUAGGGAGAAUAUUCCCUAUAAAAAUUGCACUUGGGUAGUAGUAGUAAUAAUAAUAAUAAUAAUAAUAAUGAAAACCUGGCUUGAAAAAUAACUGGUGGAAAGGUGUUUUUAAGUUAGGAAUGCAAAGCCUGGCUCUGAGGAGGAGCUCUGGUGGCCAGUGUUUGCUCUUUGAGGAGAUGUGUCUUGGAGGGGAGAUGACUUCUUGGGCUGCUUUGGAGUUAUGUUACUGUGAUGGGUAAAAUCACUGCCCACCUUCAGGGAGCUCCAGCUGUUGGGAAAAGCAGCAAGAACAGGUGAGGCCAAGGUGAGCACAUGACAGAGAAGCUGAGCUUCUGUUUUGCACCCCUUGGCUUGACCAGAAAUGCUGAGUAAAGCUGGAACUGGCGUGCAGGAGCGUGCAGAAGAGGUGAGUGGCCGUGGGCACAGCCAGCAGGGAACAGCUGAGCGCAGGAAUGACUCACCUGGGAGCUGCUGGGUUCUGCUGAGGGAUCCUGAUCUUCUGGCUUUUCCUGCGCCACCCUCCACCUGGCAGUGCGAGAGCCACCCUUCUCCCAGCUUCACACUGCACGGCGUAGAUGCAGAGUGAGCAAGGCAGGAGCUCCGAGGUGCUCAACAGCUGAUGCCUGCCAUUAAAUGUCAGGGAGACUCCUUGGUUUGCUCUCAUGUGCCAGCAAAAAGGAUAAAUGUGUAGAAAUGAGGACGUGGCAGUGCAGUGGUUCGGGUUCCUGGCACACUUCUGCCCUAGGAGGGCUUAGUUCUUCUUGUUGUUGCAGCUUUUAUUUUUUUGAACAGCCAAUUCUAGAAAUCCAGAGGCACCUGUUGCAGUUCAGCCAAUCAGAAUUGGGAUGUAUUGAGUAUAAAAUGAGUCCUAGGUGGAUAGUGUGUUUUUUUUAAUUCAAUAUCUGGCAGUAGAAAGUCUUUGACCAAAUAGUUUCUAGGCACGUAAUAAAAGCUUGGAGAUCAUGAUUUGCCUGACAGCUGUAUGAACACAUUGUUUAAUUACACAACACUUGAAAAGAACAUCAUUGAGGACAUGUUUGCAGUGGUGGGGAUUUAGGAUCCCCGUGCUGUUUCUUUUUGCAGCUUUUCAUUGUUGUUUUGCUUCUGAAAGCUGUGGGACCAGAAAUCGAUGUGUGUUUACACUCUCAGAGUAAGGGCACAUGGAAAUGCCACUCAGUGGAAUCUGGAUCGAGUGAAUGUGUUUAUAAAAUAGUGCAUUUAUGGGAGGAGAAGGGGGGGACACCCCCUGCCCCUCCAAGUAAACCCCAGAGUAACAAACCCUGCGUUGCUCCAGGCCCCCCCACGGACUUUGAGGGGUGACGAGCGCUCGGAGACAAAACCUUCCGGCUCUGGUCACGGGGAGCACCAAGUGCCAGUGGGGUUGAAGCAGGCUGUGCUGCCAGUGCUGCCUCAGGCCUUCCAGCCUGGUAGGCUCCCCAGUUCCUGUGGUUUGUGGUGGUCUGUUGCUACCAGCACACUGGGUCUGGUCAGGGGUUUGGGUGGUGGCUUGGGGAGGGCUCCACCCUGCAGCUGGGAAGGGGCAAAGGGCCGAGUGCACGGAGCUCAGCCAGUGCUCAGGUGGAUGGAUGUGGGAUGUGCUGUCCAGGUCAGGGAUGCUGGUUGCUCCUGCAAGGAGGAGCAAAAACCAGCACCUUCUGCUGGUGCAGGUGGCUGAGGGGACAAAACAGGUUCUGAGGGGCAGGCAGCCCAUCUGCAAGUACCCAGUUUCUUUUCCUGCUUUCUAUGCAAUGUAGAGCUUUGAACUUCUGCUUUUCCGUGGAGGUAGAGAGGAGCACUGUCCUUACUCAGUCCUUGGGAACUGGGCCCUCUCCCAGUGUCCCUGACCCUCAGUUAACAGGUAAGGACACCUAUUUGCUGCUAUGGACUCACCUUUCAGAUUGUUCCUGUUUCUCACCCCUCUUCCUUUCUCCCGGGUCACCAGACACAAUUUUACUAUAAACACAUCCUUUUGGAUGGUUGUGUUUUUUCCUGCUGCCCUCUCCUCCUCUCCUGCCUGCCAGAGUGCUGUUACUGUACAUAACCCCCCUUUUAGUUGGAUUAUUUAAAGAGCUGCAGCACCAACAGAGAUUCCUUGCUUCUUUCCCCACUAAAAUAUUCCCUUUUGCACCAAAUCUUGCUUCCUUCGCUGCUGGUAGCAGUUGUCUCUUUUCCAGUCCCUCCCUCCUAAAACCACUGGCAGUUUUAUGGAUGCCCAUCUUUUUUUCCUGGAUAUCUUCUCUUUUAACACAAGACUAGCAUUGGUGAUUUUCAGUGUUAAACCUUCUUCUUCCCCUGCUUUUCUUAUGGUUUCCUCUUGCCAGGUUCAGUUUGCAGCCUAGGAAAAUAUCGAAUUACCUUAUUUUGUUGGAAGAAGCAAUUCCCCAAAUUGUUCAUAGAAUACUGUAUUUUUAGGGGAGAUUAAUUUUUUAUAGCCACUAAACUAUACUCAUUAUUUUUGUACGUUUGCAACUUGGGGACAAUUUUUCCGAGCCGUGUCGCGGAGGGAACAUUUAUUGUCAUGGCUGUUUGACUACUUGGGAAUGCUGUGCUUGUGUGGUGUGGAGGCACGUGCCUUGAUGUGCACUGGGGGAGAGAGAGAAGGAUGCAAUAAAAAUGAACGAGGCUUCAGUAAAAGGCCAUUUUUGAAGGCGAAAAAAAAAAA